AUGAUAUAUGCGAAACAAAGAACCAAUUAUGAAUAUACCAAUCCCAUGGUAUUAAAUGUAAAUAACUUAAGUCCAUAUAAAAAUGAAAGGAUAACUGAUAAUUCCUCAAUAAUUUCUCAUAAUAGACAUCCCUUACAAAUAAAUUACAAUAGAUACACACAAAAAAGUAUAAGCGCGAAUCAAUUUAAUAAUCAGAAUAAUUUUAGUAAAAGUGAAAAAUCAAAAAACUAUGUAAACUAUUAUAGAAAUGCUAACAAUUUCACAGAAUCCCCUUUGAAAUAUAGUUUUUCUCAGUUUAUACCUGAAAAUAAAAAUACAGGAAAGCAAAUGACAACAUUAUUUGACAAUAUUAAACAAAGGGAAGUUAAAAAAAAUGCCAAUUAUGAAUUAAAUGCUAAUUUAGUUAGAACACCUUUAACGUCUAAUACCAAAAAUAUUGCACCAUUAAAACCAUAUUAUAAAAAGAUUCCUGAAUUUUUUAAUAAAAAAAAAAAGAAUGAUUUAAUUAAUAAUAGAAUGAAUUCAAUAGAAAAAGAGAGAAACAAAAAUUACACAACUAUGGAAAAAGUAAGAUACAAUAAUACGGAUGUAUCAAUUAUAAAAAAACAAGAAUUUCAAUACGUACCAUUACAUAAAAAAGGGGAUAUUACAAAAAAGGUAAAUGAAAACUCAAGUUUCUCCCAAAAAUUGAAAAAAAGUCAAGAUGCUAUAUACGCAAGAAAAUUUCAAGAAAAAGAUAUGAUUAGUGAGAUGAAUAAAAUUCUUGCAAAUGAAAAAAAAGAAAAAACAGAAGAAAAAAAAAUAAAUAAAAUGAUGGAAUUAAAAAAUAAAAAAGAAAGUGAUAUAAAUAAAGAUAAUGAUUAUAAAAAAAAUAAAGAUAAAACAAAUGAAAUAAAUCAAAAAGGGAAAAGUAUAAACAGUUCUUUAGAUAGUCACAAUAAUAAAAAAAAUAGAAAAAUACAGUUUAAAAACAAAACAUUAAUAUAUAUAAAUAAUAAAGGCAUAUUACCAUGUGUUAUUUCUUUAGAUUUCAAUGACGAUUCAAUAAAUUUAAACAAAGGAUUAAAAACUUUUGAAAAUAUGAUUAUUAUUGACAAAAGUAAUGUAAUAAGAAAAUGGAAUGGAUUUGAAUGGGAAAAAAUAGAAAACAAUUUUAAUUUUUUCAUUAAAGCAAGAUAUGAUAAUAAAGGUAAUAUUUGGUGUAUAAAUAAUUCCUACGAAGUUUUAAAAUUAAUGAAGAACAAAUUUAAAAAUUUUGGUAAUUUAGCUAAUGAAGAAAUUAUUGAUAUUGGUUUUGAUAAAAAAAAUAUUUUAUGGUGUAUAAAUCGUAGAGGGGAAUUAUUAAAAUGGAGUAGAACAAAAUGGAAUAAAAUAAAAUAUAAAGGUUUUCAUAAAUUAACAUGUUUAUCAUUUGAUAAUAAAGGUGAUUUAUGGGCUGUUAAUUCAAAGAGAGCAUUAGCUGUUUGGAAUAAAAAAGAUAAGUGCUGGAAUGAAAAAAUAAUAAAGGACAAUUUAAAAAUAUCAUGUAUUGACUUUGACACUAACGGUAAAAUUUGGGUAAUUUCAAAUGCUGGAGCGUUAUUAUCAUAUUCUUGUGGAAAUUGGAUGAACUUUGGAUUUAUAUGUUUACAGAAAUUAAUUUCUAUAAGCUUUAAAAAGCAAUAA